AAUAAAGGGCUCAUCUGGGACAUCUUGAUAGGAACAGCAUGGAUCCCACUUAACACCAUACGCCAAUCAGAUGAGGAGGGGCCUGGAGAAUGGACCUCACUGGAUUCAGAGGUUCUGAUGAAGGAAGAUGAGAUAUAUGGCACUAAAAACCCCACUCCUCACCAAGUGCUGCUGGACACACGCUUUGAGCUUCCUUUCGAUAUCCCUGACGACGAGGCCCAGUACUGGACUAAAAAGCUGGAGCGCAUCAACUCUAUGAGGACACAUGAUGAGUAUUCACUGCAAGAUGAAGCACAGAGAAGACAGCUGCCCUCAGCGCCCUCGCAGUGCUGCGACUGGACAUACUUUGGAUGGAAUGACCAGCAGACUUUUGAUGACCAUGACAGUGCUGUGGAUGACAGGGACAGUGAUUACCGCAGUGAGACAAACAGCAGGCCUCCACAAUACCACACCACAGCUCAACCCAAUUCCUCUGUACAUCAGUACCCUAUUGGCCGAAGGUUACAGAAUCAUGCAUUAUCUAGGACAGACUCUAUCCAGAGCUAUGACUUGGAUUAUAGAGAAGGAAGGGAACAGAGGUAAACCAGAUUUUCAAGUGGUACAAAUUAUGUCAGAAUGAUUCCAGUGGACUCAGGUAUGGGGGUUGAAGACUGGGAGACCAAAUACAAAAUUAAUGACAACAUACUGGAUGAUUACCUGGAACCAGAGCAGAAAACGUGGGGUGACGAUGAUGACACCAAGAGUGAAAUUUAUAGAAUCGUGAGUAGACCGGGUGACUCCAAAGACAGUCGGUUUUACCAGACAGUGUUAUGCAAAUCCCAUCAGGAGAGAAGCCACAGGCAGCAGUGAGGUCCGUUUGGUCUAUAAGGAAGCUAGAAACUUCAAGGAUGAUAUUUCCCAUCCUGAAAUUUCCAUCAUUUCUUCAAUUAGGCAACUUCUCAAGGCAAACCAAACAUCAUAUACAGAGGAGCUGUUGUACAAAACCAAGAUGUGGGCAAGAACUCAUUUGAAGACACCCUUGAGAACUAUACAAUUUAUUGUGAGGAAGAGGAAGCCAGGAUGAGAGCAAGAAGUAAAUAUGGGUCUGCAGGAUCUGAUGAAAUGCAGUUCUCUCUUGGGUCUGAAGAGGAGCUAGAUGAUAUGGCGUUUGUAGAAGAGGAUGCACAGUAUGAAUAUGACAGUUACUACAAUAACGCAAGACAUAUUUCCUCUUAUGAUGAAUGGUCAUAAGGCUAUUAUGAACAACAGAGCAGCAUGGGGAAUGAUUGCACAUGGGGUCCAGAUGAAAUAUUGUCAUCUGUGCAGAAGCCAAAUAAGGAGUAUCAUGAUAGUAUGGACGAACUUCAGAACUUAGUCGGCUCUGUGUUAGAAUAUCAACCUGGACGAGAGGAGGAAAUGAGUAAAUAUAAAUCAAUGCAAAAGUCUGUCACAAAAACAGAAACAGAGAGUGAAGAAAAGAAAACUGAGGGUAAAUCAGCUGAGAUAAAAGAGGAAAAAGCUGUGGAAAAAUGUAUUGUGGGUGUUAAAAACACCAUGAGCUCUGUUUAAAUUAAUCACAAAUACUAAAACAGCAUCUGAAGAUACAGAAUCAACAGAAACUACAACAAAAACUCCAUCUCCAGUUCCUCCCCAGUCAAAGUCUGCUAUUUCCAAACUGUUCUCUUUCAUACCUAAAUCAACUUGUAGUCCAACUCCAGUGGCUGUUUUACUACCUGUUAAUCAGGUAGUUAAUCAGGAAUCUAAUGCAGACAAGAAGUUCUCUUUGCAGUCGCUCUUGCCAUUUCAGUCCCCAGAGGUCAGUCGACCAGCUAGUGCCACAUCAGAGACUAAUGCUACAAUCAUUGCUGAUUCAAGUGGCUCUCAAACUCAGGACUCCACUUCAAGUCAGACACAAACAGUGGUUGAUUCAGUGCUAGGAAGACUGAGCCCUUUCAGGCUUUUUGGAGACAAAUCUAGUGCUGAAACUAUUUCAC